AUGGCUUCACUUGAGCCAACUAUGGGUCCCCGAAUUUCCUUCUCGUCGGAUUUCUUAGACGACGAUAACUUCAUCACCAUCAGCCCGAACUCUCCAGCCAAAAGGGAGAAUGAAGAAGAGCAAGAGAAAAAGAGAGAGAAAGAGAGAGCCAGAAACACAGAAUUUGAGUUUCUCUCAAACAAUUUGGACAAUCAAACAAUGCUGACAGCAGAUGAAUUAUUUUCUGAGGGAAAACUACUUCCCUUUUGGCAAAUCCAUCAUUCAGAGAAACUAAGCAAGAUUAAGCUUACAGAAAAAGCUGCGUCUGUGCAGGAAAUGGAAGAGGAAGGAAUGAACAAGGGGGAGACGAAAGGAAAUUGGUUCGUCGAAGAUGACCCUUCUCCAAGGCCACCUAAAUGCACUGUUCUAUGGAAAGAGUUGCUGAAGUUGAAGAAACAGCGGGCUUCUUCUUCUUUGUCACCUUCUUCUUCUCAUUCCUCAACAUCUACACUAAGCCCACUCAGUGAUUUGACUCAGAAUGGAGAGACACAAGUUACAACAAGGAAAGGGGUGGAGAAGACGAGAUCGGCCACUAGGAGGAUAAGGCCUAUGAUCAAUGUGCCAAUUUACAUGCAAGGGAAGAGCAAUGCCCUGCCUCCUCUGUUUGCUGUUAAGAGAGGAAGACUAGAGAGGUGA